AUGGUGCGCCAUACGCACCGACCCUAUCCUUACGGCGGCGGGCGUGGCCGCGGUGAGAGUUACGGCGGCAAUGGCACUGGCAAUGCGGGCCACCUACUUCUAUGUCACCACUGUAACACCUCGCACCCGCGCCACCGCUUCCCGAAAAGGGUCCUGACAAAAUACGACAAGCGUCUGGCCAGGGGCGAUACGCCUUCUUCGAUCAAAAUGAUUUGCUUUGACUGCUGCGAACGUUCUCCCGGAAGCAUCGCCGCUACAGUUUCCGGCUCCAGCUCCAGCUCAACAGCUUCUCCCUUCUCUGGCUCUGGCAACAUCAAGCCGCUCGCCCCCACCCGCCACACGACGGCUGCACAUGGCCCUGGUCCUAGCCCCGCAGCCGAACGUCGGGGUUGCUGCACCGUGUGCAGGGUCGAAUAUCCCCUCACGGUCACAUAUUUCCCUCGGGGAAACACGCGCGUCCAGGCCAUGGAGAGCCGAAGACGUGUUUGCUUCCCUUGCAGGACGAGACAACACCUGGAACAGGCAAUCGACGACAACACCCCGGACAAUUUUGUGGAGCGAGCGGAAUCCGAAGAGGAGGCGAUCUACGUGAGCGAAAGCGACGACAACAGCGAGGAAGAAGCCCCUAUAACACGCAUCGAAGAUACUAGCGUGGAGAAGCAGCUGGAAGCAGCGAGGGCCCGCAAGGAGUACAGUCGCGUGUCCACCGAUGUACGCGCUGCUCUCGCCGAAGCAAGGAAGCUCCGUCUGCACCACCGUUUCGUUCCCUUCUCUGAGACGCUGAAGCAAGAGAAGCUGAAGCAAGCUCGAGAGCAGCUCGACGCUCUCGCAAUGAUGAGCUGGACAGAGGUGCGGGCUCGCAACGCGCACUGGGGCGUACGAAGGCCCGCCGUUGAAACCUUCUUCGAGGCGCAGGUCGAGAUCAACCUCGGCAUCAUCAAUGAAUUCGACCUUGCGAUGCAACCCUUCCCGCAAGCCGUCGAAUUCGCCGACCCGUUCCUACCUCGUGGCUCGCAGCACUACGCAGAAGACGAUGAUCAGGACGCUGAAGAGGACGACAUUGUUGAGUUUCGACACCUCACCGAGCGGGAGAAACAUGACCGUCUUGAGCUCCUCCGCGAGCAACAGCACGCUCAGGAGGCCAGACCUCCUCGAAAUUUGGACAAGCAGGAGGUGGAACAGGUCAUCGACGACGAUCUAAUCAACCGAUUCGAGAUGAACAUUGCUAUCGCGAACGAUGUCGCUGCAAAGAACGAGGCUUCGGUGGACUCGUUCGAGAUGAUCUGCCUGCUUCGAGCGCUCAAUGAACACGCAGAGAAACCGCGCAAAGCGUCGUCCUUGGGCGCUAACAUGCCCAAACCCUUGAAGAAGCUCAGAUUCGCCGACGACGUCUGA